AUGAUCCUUUUUAUAACCGUCCUUCACUUUAUAUUUGCGGUGGCCGAUCAACAUGAUAUACAGGUUACAGGCACUCACCAUGGGUGGCAUGUCAUGUUUUACAUAUUUCAGUUUAUGAGGAAUGUGGUUUUGUUCACCAUAAUCGUGUUGAUCGGUGUCGGAUGGUGUUUCUGGAGGUGGGUGUUGCCACUACGGGAUAUGUGGUUUUUGACGCUUGUGAUCCUACUUCGGGUUGUGGCUAAUGUAACUUAUAUAGUGGCAGAGGAAUCCGGCCUUUAUUAUGAACAUCGGGUGGAUUUGGACGACGUUAUUUCAGUUAUAGAUAUCACGUGUUGCAUCAUUAUUUGUUUCUACACUGCUUUGGUGUGUUGCGAGUUCAAAUUGGCGAAGGAUGCAUCAACCUUUCUGAGGUCUUUUAGCUCGCUCAAGGAGACUUCGGUUAGGCCGGAUGUGUUCCCUGUCUUGGUUUUAGUAUACCUUAUGUUUAUGGCAUCAGAGUCUCUUGAAAUGACUAUUAUGACAAAGGAAAGCUUUAGUUUUGUGUUCUCUAUGGUGAUGUUUUACAUGUACAGGCCAUCUGUUCUGGAGGAUGAGGGAGAAAACUGUAAGAAACUUCUCGUCUAG